AUGUCUCUCUCGCCAGAAGAACAGCUGGCCGCUGCCCUCCUGAUCCCCCUAACGCCUUGCUCGCCGCCCUCGUCGUCUCCUCCUCCGCCCCAAUCACCGCUGCCCCAUCCCAACUGUGCGAUGUUGGAGCCGUGGGACAUUUCCCCAUGGGGGUCGCCGCCGCGAUUCACCGACUUGGUGCGACAAGCGCCAUCGCCGCCGUCACCUCGGACGCCCGUGCUUCUGCCCGCACCACCGGCGCCCGGGAUUGCCAGGCCGUCGCGCCUGGACGCCGCGCGUCGGCAGCUCGCCUUGGCGCCACGCCCUCCCUCAGCGGAGGAACUGAUCACGGCCAUCCGACAUCGACUUACCAUACGACCAGAUCAACCACCGCGACGACGCAAUACCAACAACCUCCGACACCUACGACCACGACCACGGCAACGCCCGCAACCACGACCGAUACGCCCGACUCGACACCGCUACUACGAUGCCGACGUUCUGCCACCGCACUGA